CAGACAAUGUCUCUUCAGCGUCGAGUGUGUGACAAGAGAAAUAUCAUACAGGCAAGGCCUCGUGUCACCUUCUUAGACCCUAAUACCCUUUUUGGGAUUUCAAUUAUGUCUUCAAUAACCUUCAAGUUGUCGUCGACAUGCACAUUGUUCCAUGGUAGAGACAUCCCCCAAAAUUAAGAUCCUGCCUGCCAGAUCCCUAUCUGCAUCCAUAUCGAUCAUCUAAAAUUUCUCAGAUGAAUGGUGCGGCAUCCGAUCUCUCAGCAGCGACAUACCAUCGGGGAACGCUCUGCGCUGGAUGAUUAUGAAGAGCCCAAAGAUGGAACUUUACGGAUACAGCGUUCCUUACCCUUCGGAAAACCUCAUCCAGCUGCGAAUACAGAUGUAUGAUGGACUGUCAUCCUUAAACGCACUGAUGGAAGCCCUGAAUAAUCUUGAUGCUUUACGUGAGACCGUGGAGAACAAGUACCAUGCAAGUCUUGCUUCGAAUGACUAUGAACGAUGGGAGGAAAGGAGCUAGACAAUCAGAGCUCUCGCGAUUUUUUCAGUGACCACUUUUUAGGGCCAAGGGCGUGAUGCCGUGACUGACACCUUUUCGCAGUGGCUGUUUGUUCUGCCCUCCGCGAAAAUGCAUCAAUAUACCAAUACCGUUGUCAAUGAUCUAAACACAGAUGUGCUCGGGCAAUAGUACAGUUCACUGAA